CCCACCAUUUUUUCAUAAUCACAUCAUCAAUCAAUCAAUCAAUCAAAAUGUUAGCAAUAUUUCACAAAACGUUCUCUCAUCCACCAGAGGAACUCAACAGUCCAGCUUCAAAGAAACAGAAGCUUCCAGAAGAAACUUUAACCGAUUUCCUUUCUUCCAAUCCUAAUAACACUUUCUCCUUAACCUUCGCUCAGGCCGCCGCCCUCGCUUAUGUCCGUCCAAUCUCCCCCUUCUCCUCUAACCAGAGGCUAUUCUGCGGAUUGGACGAUGUUUAUUGUCUCUUCCUAGGAAAUCUCAACAACCUAUGUACUUUAAGGAAAGAAUACGGUCUCUGUAAAACAACCAACGAAGCCAUGUUUGUAAUCGAAGCUUAUCGUACUCUUCGCGAUCGAGGUCCAUACCCGGCUGAUCAGGUUGUGAAGCAGAUGGAAGGAAGUUUUGCGUUCGUUGUGUAUGAUAGCAGGGCAGGAACGGUAUUCACGGCUUUGGGAUCUGACGGGGGCGUGAAGCUUUAUUGGGGGAUUGCGGCUGAUGGGUCGGUGGUGAUUUCUGAUGAUCUUGAUGUGAUUAAGGCGGGAUGUGAGAAAUCGUUUGCUCCGUUUCCUAAAGGUUGUAUUUUUCAUAGUGAUGGUGGAUUAAUGAGCUUUGAACAUCCCAUGAACAAGAUGAGAGCUUUUCCUAGGGUUGAUAGUGAAGGAAUCAUGUGUGGUGCUACUUUUAAGGUUGACAAGUAUACUAGGGUUAACAGUAUUCCUAGGGUUGGAAGUGAAGCUAAUUGGACUGGAUGGGAUGAACACUAGAACUGGAUUUGGAUUUAUUUCCAUUUUAUGUUUAUGGGUUUCUUCAAAUUUGUGUGUUUUUUCUUUCCUUUUCAAACUGGGUUGUGUAUAAAUAAGAAAGAUCCAUCCUUUGUUUU